GCCACACGCACACACGCGGAUAGCCUAUACACUACCAAAUGCCUUCUCACCAUCCCUGCACCUAAACACAGACCAAAUGGAGUGCCGACCGGGCCGUUCUUCGUGGGUUUUUAACAAGAAGUGGCCUGUGCAGCUGCACGUUGCUUGAUCCUUAGCUUAGUUUUCUAGCGUCCAAGAAGCCGCCGCAGCUGCGGGCCCGCCCUACUAGCCCGAAGAAUCUCGGGAUUUCGUCCGAGCUUCCAUCAGCCACAGCUUCGCAGCGCUCCUUCGAGGUCCUACGUGGCCUCUAGCCACAUUUGAAUAUGGCAGUCGCGCUUCAGCGCUCUGCUGUGGGUAAGCGCCUGCGCGCCGCUACCCCGGUCCGCGUCGGCCUGAGCGAGUCGGCUCGGCGACCUGUGGCGCGCCCCACUGGUGUGGCCGCUCGUCGGGUCACCCGCAGCUUCGUCGUCCGCGCUGACGUGAACUCCGAUGCGUUCCAGCCACGCCCGGCGGGCGCCCCGGCCGCGCGUGUCGCGCCCGAGAACACGCCGCCUGUCCGUCAACACGAUUUCCUCGUCAUCGGCUCGGGCAUCGCCGGCCUGACGUACGCGCUGAAAGUGGCAGAGUAUGGCACGGUUGCCAUCAUCACCAAGGACAACGCUGCUGAGGGCUGCACUCGGUAUGCGCAAGGAGGCGUGUGCGCUGUGCUGGACAAGAGCGACAGUGUUGCUGAUCACGUUCGUGACACCAUUGUUGCUGGCGCCUUCUUGAACGAUCCUCAGGCCGUGGAAGUUGUGUGCCGUGAGGGCCCCGCCCGCGUGCUGGAGCUGGUGGAGCUGGGCGCCGAGUUCUCCCGCAACAACGAUGGCUCCCUGCACCUGACCAAGGAGGGGGGCCACAGCAACCGCCGGAUCGUGCACGCCGCGGAUAUGACGGGCGCAGAGAUCGAGCGCGCGCUGCUGACGUCCGCCAAGAGCCACCGCAACAUCCACUUCUAUGAGCACCACCUGGCGGUUGACCUAGUCGUGGACGAGUAUGGUGGUAUGCUGCACUGCUUCGGCGCCGACGUGCUGGACCAGCGUUCCGGCACGAUGAGCAGGUUCCUGGGCCUGGCCACGCUGCUGGCUAGCGGUGGCGCUGGUCAGGUGUACCCCAACACCACCAACCCGCACGUCGCCACCGGAGACGGCAUCGCUAUGGCCUACCGCGCGCACGCCAACGUGAGCAACAUGGAGUUCGUGCAGUUCCACCCCACUGGCCUGUACAACCCCGCCGGUGGUGAGGGCAGCACCUUCCUGAUCACCGAGGCCGUCCGCGGCGAGGGCGGUAUGCUGUUCAACAAGGCCGGCGAGCGGUUUAUGGAGACGUACGACAAGGAGCGCCUGGAGCUGGCCCCGCGCGACGUGGUGGCACGCGCCAUUCACGACCAGAUGCGCCUGGGCAACGAGCACGUGUGGCUGGACAUCAGCCACAAGCCUCGCGAUGAGGUGCUACACCACUUCCCCAACAUCGCGGCGCGCUGCCUUACCCUGGGUAUCGACAUCGCCGCUGACCCCAUCCCGGUGGUGCCGGCGCAGCACUACACGUGCGGCGGCGUCAACACGGGCCUGCUGGGCGAGACCAAUGUGCAGGGGCUGUACGCGUGCGGCGAGGUGGCCUGCUCCGGCCUGCACGGCGCCAACCGCCUGGCUUCCAACUCUCUGUUGGAGGGCCUGGUGUUUGCAGAGCGUGCCGUCAACCCCAGCGUGGCGCACGCUGAGCACGCGCUGCGCAACUGCGGCCGGCAGCUGCACUACGCCGCUGCCAGCGCGGAUUUCCGCGGCGCGCGUGGCGCGCGGGAGCUGACGCCCGAGCUGGCGCAGUGGGUGUCGGCGCGGCGUCAAGAGCUGCGCGACAUCAUGUGGCGCUACUGCGGCAUCGUGCGCAGGACCAAGGAGCUGCAGCAGGCCCGCGACUUCGUGGUGUCGCUGUACAUUGAGACGAAGGCCAUCUACAAGAACUACGGCGUGAACACGCAGUUGGUGGAGCUGCUCAACAUGGCCACCGUGGCGGAGCUGACGGUGUCGUGCGCGCUGCAGCGCAAGGAGAGCCGCGGCCUGCACUUUAGCGCCGACUACCCGCACCUGGACGACGCGCAGCGCCGCCCCAGCAUGAUCAGCACCUCGCUCAAGACGCGCUACGACCUGUCGCCCUACAUGCGCAACGUGCCAUCUGUGCUGCCCGCCGGGGCUGGCGGCCCCGCAAGCCCGGCGCAGGGCAAGCGCCUGGCGCCGCGCAAGCAGCCCACCCGCGAGCGCGAGUUGGCGGUGCGCUCCACGCCGCAAGACCUGUGAACGGGCUAGGCUGCACAGUGGCAAGGGCUACGCGCACGAAAUCAGUGGAAGCGUGGCGUAAAGCACGCGGAGAUGGGAUAUGAGAGACAAGUGAUGUGAAAGUGUACUUUACCUGACGAGUCUGUACAGUAGGCGCAUGGUCUCGGCAUGUGCGUGUGCUUGGGGCAAAGUGGUUCUGGGGGCAGUUGUCCUUUUCGGGUGACCGCCCGGCUGACGGGUUGAUCCCGCCUGGGUAAAAUAAGUCCUCGACAUUCCUUCAUGGACUCAAUGUGUACAUUGAUAAUAGCCGGGAAUUUGCUUGCUGCUGCGGAGCCUGUGUGGUAGCAGAGGCACUCGUGCGUGUUGGGUGCUGGCCUGCAUGCAGUACCGGAUGUUCGUGCAAAACAUCGUGCUGUACGCCAACCAAGUUUUAUAUGCCCGCUGAAAGGAAAUGUCCUAUGCACGGAGUCCUCUGCGUCGCCCAACGCAGCGACGCCAGGCGUGUAGGGCUGCGGUUGGUGCCGACCGCACAUUACGGUAAGCGCGUCAUCCCCCG